AUGGCUGACGGCCCUGCGCAAAGCGGGCCUCUGCCACCCGCAGAAUCUUGGUGGGUGCUAGUCAAGAAUGCUGGUGAUGAAUUCAGGGUUCAGCGCCAAGACCUACCUGACCGCCCAACGGUGUCUGACCUCUUGCAGACAGCGCUCGCCGUGUCAAAUGUGGGAGUACCAUUGCCCAGGCUGAAGUUGUACAAGCACGAGAAUGCUCGUGGCCAAGGUGAACAGCAGCUUGCUCCCCGAACCUUGCUCGAUGAAAUCUGCACAGGUAGUGAUGCACCCCCUCUCUUUGUCGACUAUGAGGGCAUGCCAACCACGUCAUCACAAGCAGAGCAGCAGAUCAUGAGUGGCAUCAGGGACUUGGCUGCCGAAGUGCGAGCCAAUCGGGAGGAAGUGCAAAAUGUGCUGCAACCCAUGGCUCGUGCGCUGUUUGGAUUUCGGCCAACAAGCAGCGCGACUUUCGACCCGACUUGGGAGACCAGACUUAGCGAGUACUACAACACCACGUCAUGCAUGAUCUUGGGCCAACUUUUUCCAGAGUGUUUGAAGCCAGAUCGGUAUCAUGGGUUUGGCCCGGACUAUUUUGAGCCGGUCGGGGAGCACAUGUACAAGAAGGUGCAGGAGCUUGCAGGCUACGAGCUGGGCAUUGACACGACGCAUCCACGCAACGGGCUGUUGAUAGUAAAAUCUCUGGAGAAAAUGUUUCAGGAAGCUCACAUGGUUCUAGUCCCCACAGUGUCGGAGGAGGAUGUCAGUGAGACGGACUGCCCAGAUUCAGGUGAUUCACCAACAGAGCAGGUCAAGCUAGAAAUCCUCAUUGCUAAAGAGUUCCUCGGGCAGGACGUGCUCUGGAUAGACAAGCGAAGACAUACAACAGCUCCGUUUCAGCGACCGAUUCUGCAGGGCAAAGGAGGAAGCAGCAAGGGACGGCGGCCUGUGCAGCCCAUCAAGUUCGCAGAUUUGCACGCGAAGCAAAUCACGAUCCGGAAGCCCUACAUGGCAAGUCUUUACAUGCAAGCGAUCUAUGCCAACCACCGACAUUCAGAGCUUCCUCACCCGGAUGACCAAGAGCUUCUUCCGAAGUAUCGCAAGAGAUGCCCGAAGGGCAUGGAACGGCUCAUGAUACGAAUGUGUCUGCUCAGCUCUUGUUCAGAGAGGCCCGUGUUGACACAAGAUGAAGCCUUUUCAGGAAAUCUGUGA